AUGGGAGUAGUGAAUGUUGGAGAACUGAAGCCAAGCAUAUCUGGGAAGAGGACAUUUCGCCCCACUUCCACCAUCCGACAUGCUACUGAAUGGCCAAUUUCGGAUGUCUCCAGUGAUCUCACAGUCGAGGUUGGAGGCUCAACCUUCGCCCUUCACAAGUUUCCGCUGGUUUCACGAAGCGGAAGGAUUCGGAAGCUACUGCUGGAAUGCAAGGACUCCAAAACUGCACGAAUUAGCAUUCCGCACAUCCCCGGUGGAGCUGCAGCGUUCGAGGCAGCUGCCAAAUUCUGCUACGGCAUCCACGUCGACAUCAAUCUCUCCAACGUCGCCAUGCUGCGCUGCGCAUCCCAUUUCCUGGAGAUGACGGAGGAAUUCGCUGAUAAGAACCUCGAAUCCCGGGCUGAAUCCUACCUCGCACACACCGUCCUCACCAGCAUCCCCAACUCCAUCGCCGUCCUCCACACCUGCGAAACCCUAACCCCCGCCCUCUCCCCUGAAGAGAUCAGCAACCUCGUCCCCCGUCUCAUCAGCGCCAUCGCCAACAACGCGUGCAAGGAACAGCUCGCCUCCGGCCUGCUCAAGCUCGACCACACCUACCCCUCCAAGCUCGCAAUCCCUAGCUCCGGCCCGGACACGCCGCCCAACUGGUGGGAGAAAUCGCUCGCUGUUUUAAGCCUCGAUUUCUUCCACCGGGUUUUGACCGCGGUCAAGUCCAAGGGCUUGAAACAGGACGUGAUUAGCAACAUCUUGAUCAAUUACGCCCACAAUUCGCUGCAGGGGAUUGCGAUUAGGGAUCCGCAGUUGGUCAAAGGAAGCCUGCUUGUGGAUUUCGAGCUUCAGAAGCGGCAGAGGGUGAUUGUGGAAACCAUUGUUGGUCUGCUGCCGACUCAAUCGAGGAAGAGUCCCGUCCCCAUGGCGUUCCUCUCCAGUUUGCUCAAGACGGCCAUAGCUGCGUCCGCGGCUAAUUCUUGCAGGUCUGAUUUGGAGAGGAGGAUUGGGCUUCAGCUUGACCAGGCCAUUCUCGAAGACGUUCUGAUUCCUGCUCAUUCGCAUGGGAGCAAUCACAACAACAGCCACGGCGCCGCGACUAUGUAUGAUACGGAUUCCAUUCUCCGGAUUUUCUCCUUCUUUCUGAAUUUGGAUGACGACGAUGACGACGACGAUGACAAUCAUCAUCAAUUCCGCGGAGAAGAUGGUGAGAUGAUCUACGACUUUGAUAGUCCCGGAUCUCCCAAGCAGAGCUCCAUCCUCAAGGUUUCCAAGUUGCUCGACAAUUACCUGGCGGAAGUGGCACUGGACUCCAAUUUGCUGCCGACCAAGUUCAUUGCGCUCGCUGAGCUGCUUCCGGAUCACGCACGGAUUGUCAGCGAUGGCCUAUACAGAGCUGUGGAUAUAUUCCUCAAGGUUCAUCCUAAUAUGAAAGAUUCAGAGAGAUAUCGCCUCUGUAAGACCAUUGAUUGCCAAAAGCUUUCCCAGGAAGCAUGUAGCCAUGCUGCACAGAAUGAGAGGCUACCAGUUCAAAUGGCUGUCCAAGUGUUGUACUUUGAGCAGAUCAGGCUAAGAAACGCGAUGAAUGGAGGGCACAACCAGUUCUUCUUUGGUGGAUUGAACACUGGGCAAUUCCCUCAGAGAUCAGGGAGUGGAGCCGGAAGUGGAGCUAUCUCACCAAGAGAUAAUUAUGCAUCAGUAAGAAGGGAGAAUCGUGAACUGAAACUUGAGGUUUCAAGAAUGAGGAUGAGGCUCACUGACCUUGAGAAGGACCAUGUUUCCAUUAAACAGGAGCUUGUGAAGUCUCACCCUGCAAGUAAGCUCUUCAAAUCUUUGACCAAGAAACUCAGCAAGUUGAAUACGUUGUUUAGGAUCAAUAAUCUCAGGCCCAUGGGAGGGAAGGGUAGUUCAGACGCAAGGUUUUUAUUUCAAAGGAGAAGGCGCCAUUCAAUUUCAUGA